GUUGACAUAGCGCUGCUCAAGGCGCUGCUAGCUAACCAGCAGCGCAACGCAGGCGGACUAAGCGUCCUUUGCGCGCACUAAAUGGCUAACUAUUUGCGCAGUGCAGAAUUCACAUACCACCCUCUGCUUUUGCUCGACUAGGAAUCCAACCUUCCUGUCCCGCGCACCAACUGCCGAGUGCGGAAUUCACAUGUGUGUUCCGAUACGGAAGCUUUGCAUUGGCACCCAUUCAAUUUUGCGUUGUUAGCUCAAACCCUACAAGUAGCAUACCACCCACGAACGAAGCGGAAAGGAUCGUGUUAGUGGGACAAUAAAAUGGUUCCUCCUGAAGCCACGCGGAAGCGCCUGACGCGCGUUCCAUUACUGCCUAUUGAGGCAAAAGAAAAGCACUGCGUCUGCGUCACUGGUGCAAGCGGCUAUGUUGCCGGGCCAAUCAUCGAACGACUCCUGCGAGCUGGCCAUACGGUUCACGGAACGUGCCGGAACCCAUCUGACCCCGCUGUCGUGGACGGUCUGAUGGCGCUACCUGGCGCCAAGGAGAACCUCAAGCUCUUCAAGGCGGAUCUGAUGGAUCCGGGCUCAUUCGAUGGCGCGGUGAAGGGCUGCAGUAUUGUCAUCCACACCGCCGCGCCCGUACUCGUGGAGCAGGGUAACCUGAAGGAGAACAUGAUUGAGCCCAUGGUCAAGGGAGUGGACAACGUGCUGGGCUCUGUGGAGCGCUGCACUACCGUGCGGCGAGUGGUCAUGACCAGCUCCAUCGCCGCAGUGGGCUACAGCGUCAAACCCGUGCUCACGGAGGACGACUGGGAGGCAGAGGGCUCCGACACGCAGCUCGAGUACGCCUACGGCAAGCGGCUGUCCGAGCAGCGCGCCUGGGAGCUGGCGGGCAAGCAGACCCGGUGGAGCCUGGUCACGGUGCUGCCCAGCAUCAUCUUCGGCCCCGUGCCGCUGACCCUGCGCAGCGCGCCCAGCACCAAGUUCAUGCAGCAGUUGCUGACACAAUGCUGGCCGCUGGUGGGGAACCUGUCGUGGCCCACGGUGGACGUGCGGGACGUGGCAGCAGUGCACACCCUGGCCGCCUUCACGCCCAGGGCGCACGGCAGGUACAUGUGCAGCUCCCGCAACGGCUCCAUGUACGGCGCCACGUACGCCAUCAAGGCGCGCUUCGAGGGCUUCUGGCCCGCCAGCCUGGUGGCGCCGCAGUGGCUGGUGCUGGCGCUGGUGCCGCCGCGGCAGCGGCCCUACAUCAAGUCCAUGUGGGGCAAGUGCCCGCAGUACGACUCGCGGCGCGCGCUGUCGGACCUGGGUUUGUCGGGCUGGGUGCCCCUGGAGGACUCGCUGGAGGACAUGACGCUGGACCUGGCGGCUAAGGGGCUGGUGAAGGAGCCGCCGGGCAGGGUCGUCGGGGAUGGGGGCGUUGCUGCUGCCCGGUAGUGAGGGAAGGGCCCGGCGAGGCCGGGCCUGGUGCCUGAAGAGUGUGGUCGGGGUAGUGCUGGCGGCGCAAGGUGAGGUGGGGCGGUGGCGCGGUGGCCAGCGGGUGUCAGGAAGGGCGGGCGGCUCCCUAGAAACACAAUUUCUCCGUAUGGUUUGCAGUUACUGUCCGUGCGCCCGUGGGGCCCCUUCAGCCGGCAUCGUGCGGUCAGCCCCGCCCGCGUCAGACACAUGCCCGCCCAGUGCCGCUGUGCGGUCGUGAAUGGUAUAGAUGAGCAUAAGGGCAUCGUGUGAUGGUUGCGUACAUGUCCUUCGUGUUCCAUGUGGGGUUGAAGCAGGUCCUUUGGCGUUUUGGGGGGGGGCAUUAGAUAAACGAGGCUCGUCGUGUGUCUGCAAGCGUGGUAGUGCACCAGGGCGUGCCACCUUCGUUGACGUAUUACUCGAAAACGUAGCUGAAUAACCGUUUGUAUUUACUCGCAAAUAGCUGUAUAUUUUAUACAAGGCUCGGCUGCUGCACUGUAACGUCACUUCACA